AUACCAACCGAACCGUUGGCCACACUAGCCACCGCCUUCGCUUCGCCGCCCGCCUUCUAAAUUCGAUUCGUUGGUGUUUUUCGAUGCGCUUGUGUUCGUGUGUUCGCGUUGGCGCUGUCAUCAUCAAAUCGCAUCGCUCCGCUCCGCUCGGAAAACCGUGCCAAUUGUCCGUUUUUUACCUGCCUGCAAGUGCGUUUUAGUUGCCCGCCAACCGGCCGGAGUCGCAAAUUCACGUGCGACACUCUCCAAUUGGCCGAGUGCCUUUAACACGGUGCAACAAGUGGUUUUUACACUUUUUACCAGCCUUCAGUUCAAAGUGCCUAACAAACACACACACACGCACACAACUACAUAACCUACCUGACCAGCGCGCAUAUGGGUGCAUGAGUGUGUGAGUGACACAACAACAACAGCAGCAGCAUAGCUACGAAAAUAACUAACUGCUUUCGUCGCAGUUUUUCUGCAAGUGUAUGCGUUAAUUGCGCCGAAAAAUGUUAAUUAAUUGAAGCCCAAUUGGAAAUCGCCAGUGCAAUAGCAGUAGUGACACGAAAAGCUAAAACUAAGAUCUGAUCGCAGAUCUGGUGAGAAAUCCCAAACGCGAGGAUCUGUAUCGCGUGUGUGUGCGCCAAUCAAUUUAAAUAUAGAUCACAAGUGCACUUAAACAAACAAAAGGGUAAAAGGCGAACAAGUGAUUAACUGACAGAUAAGCAGCCGACGUGACGUACUCGGCCGGAUUAAUAAUUGAGCAGAUAGCGGAUAGCGAAUAGUGGAUUGCAGAUAGCAGCUAGCAGUUAUCAGAUAGCGGAUAGCGAAUUGCGGAUAGCGGACACAGCAGGCCCUGCAAUGGAGUCCAUGGAGUACGAGAUGGCACGCAACAUGACGCUGCUCUUCUUCCUGGAGCGACUGCUGGACAAGGGCGAGCCCCGCACCGUGCACGACCUCUCCUGCCAGUUCGGCAACAAGGAGUUCACCAAGGAGAUGCGCCAAAUCGCCGGGGGCAGUCAGUCGGGUCUGAAGAAGUUUCUCGCCCAGUAUCCGGCCAUUUUUCUGGUGGACGGCGACUACGUCCAGGUGAACGCCUAUCAGCACCACAACGCGGACGACGGCGGCUGCGGGGGCAAGCGGGACUACAUCCAAGAGGCUAAAGACUACUUCAAGAACAAGAUGCUGCAGUACGGAGCGGCUGCCGAGGUGCCCGUUCGCAGUCUCCUGGGCCACCGGUCGCAGGCGUCUCCCCAAGUGCGUCACAUAUCGGGCCAACACAUCAAGGAGUUCACCGAUUUCCUGAUGAAGCACACGGACACCUUCAAGGUGACGGACGACUACGUAAUGCUGGUGGGCUGCGAGAACAUGACGGAUCUGCCGGCGCGGGAUCGCCUUCACCUGCCGCAGUCGAACAUCGAUACUCGGGGAACGCAGCAGAUGCUGGACUUCUUUGCCCACUGCAUCGAGGUCAAGGGACCGCUGCUGGUGGACCAGUUGUUCCACCUGCUGACCACCAACUUCCCGCAGGACCAGUGGCUGCGCAUGUUCAAGACGCCGGGCGACUUGAGCUCCUUCCUCAAGCUCUUCGCGGACUGCUUCCACAUACAGGCCAAUCUAGUCACCCUGCUGCAGAAGCCAAAGCUCAGCGAUACGCACAUCCAGCAGGCACAGGCUCAAACCCGGGAGCAAUUCAAUGCGCUGAACAAUAACAACAGCGCCAUCACUCGCAAGCAGGAAUCAACAACUGGCGGUCCACCAACUGGUGGAGUUGUCAGUUCGGUUCAGCAGAGACUCCAAUCGCCGGCUCUGCGAAGUAAUGGUCACACGAACAACAACAAUGGGAGCAACGGCAGCAAUAAUAACAACAACAGCAUCGCCUGCCCCAACUUCAAGCUGAAUGCCCCCGUUUCGAAUGUGAUGGGUGGGCAGAGCCAGGGACAGUUCGGGCAGCCCAAAUCGGAGCCAAGCUCUGGCUUCGACAGCUACGUGCCCAUGUCGGAGCUGAAGCUGGAGAACCUGUGCGAGAACAACUAUCCCAGUGCGAACACCUGCUACGGGCCCAUUAAUAACUCCAGCCAGCAGGCGCAGCAACUGCAGACGCAGACGCAGCAGCAGCCGCAGCCGCAGCAGGCUACACAGAAUCCGGCAGAGCAGCGUUUGAAUAGUGUUAACCAAACGCUCAAGCAACGCAUCAACACCCUAGUUAUACGGACUCUGGCCGAGAACCUGGAGAAGGACAAGCAAUCGCUGGCCAACCAGCAGGGCGGGCCCACUUCCCCUCACGCCAGUCCCGUGCAUUCCAUUGCCAAUACGAGUUCCAACCAAAAUGCCAGUAGUGCUGCAAACAACGCCAAUAGCAACUCGAAUGCGAAUCCGAAUCCGAACAAUGCCAAUCACUCACCUAGUCAUAGUUACUUCGUCGGCGACACCUGGAAGAUAAAGGUGCUGCAGAACACCACGGUGAUAGCGAAUGUCAAGCAGUCGGUGUUUGUGACCGACAUUAUACUCAAGUAUGCGGCCAAGAACGAGAACAUAGUGGUCUCCCUGGACUGCGAGGGCAUCAACCUAGGCCUGAAGGGGGAGAUCACCCUAAUUGAGAUUGGAACGACCCGUGGCGAAGCGUUCUUGUUCGAUGUGCAGUCCUGCCCGGCGAUGGUCACCGAUGGCGGACUGAAGACCGUGCUGGAGCAUGACCAGGUGAUCAAGGUGAUACACGACUGCCGCAACGAUGCUGCCAAUCUGUAUCUGCAAUUUGGCAUCCUGCUGCGCAAUGUGUUCGACACACAGGCCGCACAUGCCAUCUUGCAGUAUCAGGAGAGCGGCAAGCAGGUCUACAAGGCCAAGUACAUAUCGCUGAACUCGCUGUGCGAGCAGUACAACGCCCCCUGCAACCCGAUCAAGGAUCAGCUGAAGCAGAUCUACCGCAGGGACCAGAAGUUCUGGGCCAAGCGACCCCUCACACGCGAAAUGAUGCUGUACGCAGCGGGAGAUGUCCUGGUGCUCAUCCACGACCAGCUAUUUGGCAACCUGGCGCGACAGAUCAAGCCGGAGAAUCGGGCUCUCUUCUCCGAGCUGUGCACCGAGCAAAUACUCAUGCAGAUCAAACCCAACGAGGUCAAGAUACGCAAAAAGCAGCGCAAGGUCAGCACCGAGGUGUCCGAUCUCAAACAGAAGCUGGCCCAGACCAGCAAAAGCAUUGUGCUCUCCAAUCGCGAGAUACGCUUGCUGCGCUAUAUGGACCUGACAGAGGAUGAGAAAGAGCGCCUGAAGGGCUACUACAAGGUGGCGAAGAAGCUGGAGAAGAUGGAGUCCGCCGGCAAUCCCAGCAAAGAUCAAAGUGACUCAGAGGAUGAACCAGAGCCGAACGAAAACGACGCCUUUCCCAGUUUGGAUUCGGUGCCAUCGGACAACUCUCUUUCGGGCACUUUUUCGCCACGCUUCAGUUCAGAGCCACCAAGUCUGACUGAAUCCAUGCAAAUGCUGGAGGAGAUUCUCCAGAACAAGUCAAUGGAUCGCAUUGCCCGUAUUGACAAGCUGGAAGCCAUUCUGACGACUGCCACCUCGCUGCCAUGUGAACAAAUUAUAGCUUCGAAUUCUAUGCAAGAGCAAUUGGGUUCGAGCAUUGCGACCACCGAGAAUCUGCAGAUUAUACGCGAGAAAUCCAAAAACAUUAAGAACUGCAAUUGCCAGGGUGAGCGCAGUGUGACGCCCAUUCUGCGAACGACUGACAAGCGAGUGGUGAAGCUGGUGGACGCCGAAUCGCAGACCCUGAGUACCGGCGACGUCGUCAUCACCAAGAUCUUCUUCCAGGACGAGCACGAGCGGGCCAAGGAGGCGGCCCUGCUGAGCAACUCGCCCGCGAAGCGCGUGUCUCCCACAUAAACAUUUCGACCUUCGAACUAUGAUUCCUAACAAACAAAGCGCAGACAUACUACGUAUUAUUAAUUUGUUUUACAGUCGUGGGGCUUGGCCUUGGGUCCCUCGACGCUUAACGACUUUGCAAUAACUUUCAUACCCAAUUGAGAAGCAAUAUAUUUUGUGCCUAGAUGUUGAACAUUGCAAUAACAAUAAUAUAUGAUCUACCAAUUGUUAACUACUCGCCCCCGGCCCCAAUCCUUUUAUAUAUCAAUCGACAAACCUUGGAGAUGCAAUCUUACGAAUCCCUCUUCUCAGGAAAGGCUUACGAGCCUGAGAAUCUGUGUGGAAUUCGAUGAGCAGCGCCAAACCAAACUAAAAUUAAAUCUGCGUUGGACCAAUGUGUAUUAAAUCGUAAAGAAAUUAUUAAAUGCAGUUUUCUAGAGGUUUCCUAGUAUCUUUGUCGCCAUAUCAAAAGAGAACUUAUUGUAUUUUAACCAUAAUAUUUUAUAAACCGAAUCGAUUAUUCAACUCAAUUUAAGUUUAACCAAACAAUCUUCUUAAUUAAUAUCAAAUUGUGUAGUCAAUCUAAGUAAAUGAGAACUAAUUGUAAUGAAAUGAAUACUGAAAUGGUACGAUUAUAAAUUAUAUAUCUAAUUGAAUAAACAUGUAUAUACCGACAAGAGAAA